UCGGUGGUCUAGACAUCAAACAAAAUGGACAAUUUGUUUGGGCGACAACUCCCGAAGUUGGCAUUGUAAGCAACAUUUGGAAUAAUGGAGAGCCGAAUAAUUAUGGCGGCAAUGAAGACUGCGUGGAGAUGUAUACCUCUGGUGUAUUGAAUGAUAUCAACUGCAGUGUGUCGAGAUUUGCUUUAUGUGAAUUACCUCAGGGGAAAAGUGGCAUGUGUCCUUCCAGUGGAACUCAUCCAAUUCUUACAUUUACGGACAAAUGUUUUGUCUUUCUGACUAGUGAGAGGCUAGUAGCACGUGAGGCUAGGAGAGUCUGUGAAAGUUUGAAUGGUACAAUGGCAGAAUUAUUAACAGAGGAAGAGAGAAAGGCAGUUCAUGGAAGCCAUUUAUUCAAUGAGUCUUUAUUGCUUGGUGUUGGUGACUCUGAUUUUGAAGGUGAAUUUGUCUGGUACCAGAACCAAUCAAUUCUUCGAUUAAACUGGUGGGAACAUGGGCAACCAGACCAAACAAAUAUUAACUCAUAUUGUGUAGCUAUGAACUCUUCAAGUAGUAGAAUAGCUGAUAACUCUUGUAACAUCAAGAUUCCUUUUGUAUGCCAACUAGCGGUGCCGAACCCUUGUGACACAAUCCUACCUGGCGCUAUCUACUCAGAUGGUCAGUGUUUUAAGUUGUACACACAGUCCAGUAAUUGGUCCCAGGCACAGACUUCCUGUUAUCUGAACGAUUCUCACCUUGCUGAACCCAAGACACAAUUCAUGGAACGGGCAGUGAACAACUAUUUGAGAAGCAUGAAAUUAGGCACAGCUUGGCUAGGUGGUCAAACUGUCUUCACCAAUAGAACCUUUCAGUGGUCCAUGUCUCAGUAUCUGAUAUCCAGUCAACAUUUGUUUAUAUCAAACACGAGUGACAAUACUAAACUUGCAUGGAGUCAAACAUCCGAAGGAAUCUUCUACGUGGACAGAACUGGAGUGGAAAUGGAUAGUUUUAUAUGUCAAACAGAUGCAGCUCCUCUGAAUCCUCAGCAGUAUGUAGCGGUACUUCCUGACAUGUCAUUGGAUAGUCUCCCGUUUGCUUAUCUUCAAGUCACAGCAGACAAUAAUUCAUUGGUCAUUUAUCUGCACAUUCAAAAUGUCUCGGACAACAUCUUGCAAGAAUCUUUUCAGCAACUGGUGGAUACUAGGACCACAACUUUAGGAAUGGGUAGCUUCUGGACCCCUUCCAAUAAGUAUACCUAUUUACGUUACGUACAAGUGCAGUCGAACCAACCAGUGACCAGUGUCUUGUAUAUUAGAACUUCUUCCACUAGCCAGGUCAGCGCCACAUUAAUAUUACCAGACAGUAUCUACACUAGAUCAAAGCAUGCUACUUCCCACAUUGUAUAUUCUACUUGUCAAGUCUGUGAGAACAUAAUAACAAUUCUUACCAAGUCUUCUGGAUUGACCAAUAUUACUUUCGUCUACAAUGAUGCUAGUACUUCACUCAAAAGUCGCCCAACGGUUAGCACUGGACAAGUACAAAUUAGUCACUAUGUCUCCACGUCUGUCUGGACCUUGAGCAAAAGCUCAGCUUUAGGUUUCAAAGCACGAGCCAAUAUUGACGGAAGUUACGUGUUUGCAAACCAACCAGUAGCUGUUUUUUUAAUGACAAAUAUGAAUACAAGCUCGACUCUUGCCUCUACUAUGGAUACAUUGCUACCUGUGGACGUCUUGGGAUCAGAGUAUUACACAGUACCAUCCAUUGAUGGACACUUUCAUUACUCUAUUAAAAUUGUAGCAGCUUAUGCAUGGACAAGUAUUGUGGUCUACUCUCCAUCAGAGAUAAAUACAACAUUCACCUUAAAAUCUGUUGGAGAAACUCAUCAGUCUCUGCAUUCCAGUGACUUCUACUAUCGGAUCAAAGGAAAUACUAGUUUCUACGCAUACGUUCUAUCAGAAAAUAAUACCUGCGUGACGUCAUUACUGCCACUGUCAGCCUGGAGGUCUCACUAUGAGCUGUCCAUUAGUCCAGAUCUAAGUUCAUACACUUUCUAUUUACAGUUUGUACUACCUACAGAAUACCAAUCUGUUUUUCUAAGUCAGUAUUUUACUCUCUUUAAUCAAACUAGUAGUGCCGGGAUCAAUGGAACAGCAGACACUACAUACACGGGACUAAUGGCUAUCCUAAAUAGUCCCACUAAUAAAUAUUAUCAUUUCCAACUUCCUAAUCGAGUCAAAAAGUUUGCUGCCUAUGUUUUUGGAGUCAACAAAAAUUCAUUCUUUUGUCAUCCAAUGGGAUUCUCACAUACAGUGGAACCAUCAGGAAAUGUUUUCAAUCAUCAGUCAUAUGUAGAUAAACUAUUGACUCAAGAACCACCUGUAACAUGCAGUACAGAAGAGGGCACCACAAAUUAUCCAGUAGACAAUACUGCAUCUACCAGCUUAGUUUUCAGUGACAACACCAACAUAACACUGAACAAAUCGGCAGCAAGCUCUAUCACUACUAGCCCAAUAAUACCUACUCUGAAGUAUAUAACGGAUAAUGCAACAGAUUCAAGUACCAGAGCAAGAACGAAUGCUGCACUUGUAUCCACUACCACUAAAGUGCACAUAGACCUGGACUUUUCUGACCUCCUGAUUCAUUUCAAAACGACUUCAGCAUAUAAAAGAACAUUAAUCUCUGUUCGUGACAACAGAAUUUCUGCACAAAUUCUCGGGGGAUUCGGCGUAAUCAUCAUGACCUCAAUAUUUGUAUUUAUCUUUUCAAAUGACCUUACAUAUUUAAGAAUUGUUUUCUCUCAAAGCCAAUAAAAAAAUUAUGCUAUAAACUUAUGCCACCACAAGAUAAAGGCAUUAUUGGAUAAAUGGUACAAAUGUUUGUUGUAUGUGUAUCAUGGGCGUAGCCAGGACUUUUUUCGGGGGGGGG